UUCAGGAGAGAAGUUAUGGAGUUCAGGAUAAACUAGGAAACAAAACGACAGCUUCUGGGACAGAUGACGUCACACCCAACAACUCAAAACCCGUACAAACAUUGACAAUCGUCAGAAUCCAAAAACCUCACCAUCCCUCUCUCUCUCUCACACCCGAUCAGAGGAACACCAACAACGACAACAAUGGCGGAUGCGAACCAGAAACCAGAAAUCUUCGAACUAAACAAUGGAAGCAUGCGCGCCCUCAUCACAAACCUCGGCUGCACCAUCACCUCCUUGUCUGUUCCCGGCAAAGACGGAAAAUUGGCUGAUGUUGUUCUUGGAUUUGACUCCGUGGAUCCCUAUGUGAAAGGAGUUGCUCCUUACUUUGGCUCCAUUGUGGGUCGGGUUGCUAAUAGAAUCAAAGAUGGGAAGUUUACGCUCAAUGGAACGGAGUACUCCUUGCCUGUCAACAGACCUCCGAACAGUCUCCAUGGUGGUCACAAGGGGUAUGAUCAGCAGAUAUGGGAGGUAGCGGAACUUAAAAAGGGCGAUAACCCGUCCAUCACUUUUAAGUAUCACAGUCAGGACGGUGAGGAAGGUUACCCCGGGAAUCUUUCUCUGACUGCAACUUAUACACUUACUUCAAGCACGACAAUGAGACUUGACAUGGAAGCAGUGCCUGAGAACAAGCCCACCCCAGUCAGUUUAGCUCAGCACACCUACUGGAACUUAGCUGGCCAUAACUCGGGCAACAUACUUGACCAUGCAAUUCAAAUUUGGGCAAACCAUAUUACCCCUGUGGAUGAAAACACAGUCUCAACAGGUGAAAUCAAGCCGGUUAAAGGCACCCCCUUUGAUUUCACUACCGAGAAGAGGGUCGGUGAGUCCAUCCAUGAGGUCGGUUUAGGGUAUGACCACAACUAUGUGCUCGACUGUGGGGAAGAGAAAGAAGGCCUGAAACAUGCUGCGAGAGUGAGGGACCCAUCCAGCUCGAGGGUCCUUAACCUAUGGAGCAAUGCCCCUGGGAUGCAGUUUUACACCGCGAAUUAUGUCAAUGGGGUUGUCGGCAAAGGAGGCGCAGUCUAUGGAAAGCAUUCCGGGCUCUGUUUGGAGACGCAGGGGUUCCCAAAUGCAAUUAACACACCAAACUUCCCGUCCAUUGUUGUUCAACCCGGUGAGAGGUACAGCCACACCAUGUUGUUUGAGUUUUCAGUUGAGUGAAGUGUAAUACUCGUCGAUGAUGAGUAAUAAUACACGGCGAGAUGCUUCUGUUUGUGUUAAGAGUUUUAAGAGGUUGUUCCCCCUAUCCAUUUUGUGAAUGACUUUCUUUUCUUGGCAAUGAAAUGCACCGGAAUCUGCAUUUUUUCCAGCCAUGGAAAUAUUCGUUUAAACAUUUAUGUAUACAUUUCGUUCUUAAAUGUUGCUAUUUAUUAUAAAUCAAUAGCUUACAGCCCAA